UAUUUUCUAGGGCCGAAAUGACGUGAUAGCAAUUUUGCAAAAGAUUUUGCAAGAAACGCCUCGAAUUCUGUUGUUAUCGAGGUAGAAAAGAGCUCUUAAACUUUUGAGAAGCAUAAUCAUGUUGGAUCUCGAAGUCGUUCCGGAAAGAUCCUUGGGAAAUGAGCAGUGGGAGUUUAUACUUGGAAUGCCUGUCGCACAAUGUGUGCAAAUCCUGAAGCGGCAAUGUCGUCUGAUCAAAUCGGUACAAGCUAUGUACAGUGAGGCGAACCCCUUGGCAAUGGAUCUGGUCUUAAACCUGCCCAAUGAUGGAGUUAGACUGGUCUUUGAUCCUGUUACACAGAGACUUAAGAUAAUUGAAGUUUACAGUAUGAACAAGGUCAAGUUGAAAUACUGUGGAGUGCACUUCAACUCUCCUCAAGUUCAGCCAACAAUUGAACAAAUUGACAUGUCAUUUGGAGCAACACAUCCUGGAGUCUAUGAUCCCACCCAUCAGCUGUUUAUUCUGACCUUCAGAGGUCUCUCUUUCUCUUUUCCAAUUGACUCAAAGUUUGAGCCAUAUUACACUCAUGGAUUAGGCUCUCUCAAGUUCUCAUCUGGUUCCUCACCAGUUGUGUCACGCAUGUCAAUUUACCAUGGAAACAACUUGACAGAUGCCAAGGCACCACCCCUUCCCCUCCAGUGUUUUCAUGGCAACUGUUUUGCAGAGAGUGUUGAAAUCAUAAACCAGGAUGGUAAAGUCCUGGGUCUUAAAUGUUUCCUUGUGGCAGAAGGUCCUGGUCCUGGUAAGAUCUUAGAGCUACGGCGAAGAACCUUUGAAAGGAAUGUGAUGUUUGGAGAUUCAUGUCAGGAUGUUUUAAGCUCACUUGGAUCUCCAUGCAAAGUGUUUUACAAAGCUGAAGAUAAGAUGCGGAUCCACUCUCCUUCUCCUCACAAGCUUGCCCAGUCCAAGAGUUCAGACUACUUCUUUAAUUACUUCACUCUUGGAAUUGACAUCUUGUUUGAUGCAUACAGCCAUCUGGUGAAGAAGUUUAUUCUGCACACUAAUUUUCCAGGACAUUACAACUUUAACAUGUAUCAACGCUGUGAAUUUAAGGUUGGAAUUCACAGGGAUUCCAAAGAUUCUGAUCUCGAUGAUGGAACCCCUUUUGUAUUAACUUCGUGUACGAAGUGGGACAGUGUUCAGGAUUACCUGGGCAAACCAGUCGAGGCGCCUGUGGUACUCAAUCGAUCUUCUUCCACCAACACCACCAACCCGUUUGGUUCAACUUUCUGCUACAACCUGCAACACAUGAUUUUCGAGGUGAUGGCCAACAACCAUUUAGCAUCAGUUACACUGUAUCCCCAUUGCAACAAGACAGACAAUCAUCUUAUAACAUAAACGUCCAUUGAAUUGGAGUGGUUAGGUGUGUGAUUACGUGACUCAGGCUGGCUGGAGAAACAUUGGACUAGAAUGUUCUCAGCGGAGACACAAAUGUCUCCUACCUUUGUUUGGGAAAGGGGUUUUGAUAUAUUGUUAAGAGAGAAACCGCGUUCAUUUGUUUCUUUUUUUUUUUUUUCUAAGAAAACCAUUAUUGGUUUUGAAGAAAAUUUUUGACGCUGGGAUAAACUUUGAGAAGUAAAAAGAGGGAAGCUUGAAACUUUCGUGUUACUGUAUUCGAUUGGUUACAUUACUUGUUUUGCAGUAGCUAAUUAUAUUAUGACUGUUAUUGCUUAACAUUUUCAAAAAUUAUAACUAAUUUAUAGCCUUCCA